AUGAGUGCUGAGGGGUACCAGUACAGAGCACUCUACGAUUACAAAAAGGAACGAGAAGAAGAUAUUGACUUGCACUUGGAUGACAUAUUGACUGUGAAUAAAGGGUCCUUAGUCGCUCUUGGAUUUAGCGAUGGACAGGAAGCCAGGCCUGAAGAAAUUGGUUGGUUAAAUGGCUACAAUGAAACCACGGGGGAGAGAGGGGACUUCCCAGGAACUUAUGUAGAAUAUAUUGGGAGGAAAAAAAUCUCACCUCCCACCCCGAAGCCCCGGCCACCUCGACCCCUUCCGGUUGCACCAGGUUCCUCGAAAACUGAAGCAGAAACUGAGCAGCAAGCUUUGACCCUUCCGGAUCUUGCAGAACAGUUUGCCCCUCCUGACAUCGCUCCACCUCUUCUUAUCAAGCUAGUAGAAGCCAUUGAAAAGAAAGGUCUGGAAUGUUCAACCCUAUACAGAACACAGAGCUCCAGCAACCCAGCAGAAUUACGACAGCUUCUUGAUUGUGAUGCCGCCUCUGUGGACUUGGAAGCAGUUGAUGUUCAAGUUUUAGCAGACGCUUUCAAACGCUAUCUCUCGGACCUACCAAAUCCCGUCAUUCCUGUAGCUGUUUACAAUGAAAUGAUUUCUUUAGCCCCAGAAGUACAAAGCUCCGAAGACUACAUCCAGCUGUUGAAGAAGCUCAUUAGGUCACCUAACAUACCUCAUCAGUAUUGGCUUACGCUUCAGUAUUUGCUCAAACAUUUCUUCAAGCUCUCCCAAAGCUCCAGCAAGAACCUCUUGACUGCAGGAGUGCUCUCAGAACUUUUCAGCCCUCUGCUUUUCAGACUCCCCGCAGCCAGCUCUGAGAAUGCUGAACCCCUCCGAAAAGUUAUAGAAAUUUUAAUCUCAACAGAAUGGAGCGAGCGACAGCCAGCACCAGCACUGCCUCCUAAACCACCAAAACCUACUACUGUGGCCAACAACGGUAUGAAUAACAAUAUGUCCUUACAAGAUGCUGAGUGGUACUGGGGAGAUAUCUCGAGGGAGGAAGUGAAUGAAAAACUUCGAGAUACAGCCGACGGAACCUUUUUGGUACGAGAUGCAUCUACUAAAAUGCAUGGAGAUUAUACUCUUACACUAAGGAAAGGAGGAAAUAACAAAUUAAUCAAAAUAUUUCACCGAGAUGGGAAAUACGGCUUCUCGGACCCAUUAACCUUCAACUCUGUGGUUGAAUUAAUAAACCACUACCGGAAUGAAUCUCUAGCUCAGUACAAUCCCAAGCUGGAUGUGAAGUUACUUUACCCAGUAUCCAAAUACCAACAGGAUCAAGUUGUCAAAGAAGAUAAUAUCGAAGCUGUAGGAAAAAAAUUACAUGAAUAUAACACUCAAUUUCAAGAAAAAAGUCGGGAAUAUGAUAGAUUAUAUGAGGACUAUACCCGUACUUCCCAGGAAAUCCAAAUGAAAAGAACAGCUAUUGAAGCAUUUAAUGAAACCAUAAAAAUAUUUGAAGAACAGUGCCAAACACAGGAGCGCUACAGUAAAGAGUACAUAGAAAAGUUUAAACGUGAAGGCAAUGAGAAAGAAAUACAAAGGAUUAUGCAUAAUUAUGAGAAGUUAAAGUCUCGGAUCAGCGAGAUUGUGGACAGCAGAAGAAGACUGGAGGAAGACUUGAAGAAGCAGGCAGCUGAGUACCGGGAGAUUGACAAGCGCAUGAACAGCAUUAAGCCUGACCUCAUCCAACUGAGGAAGACGAGAGACCAGUACUUGAUGUGGCUGACUCAGAAAGGUGUUCGGCAGAAGAAGUUGAACGAGUGGCUGGGCAAUGAAAACACUGAAGACCAAUAUUCGCUGGUGGAGGAUGACGAGGAUCUGCCCCACCAUGACGAGAAGACCUGGAAUGUCGGAAGCAGCAACCGAAACAAGGCCGAGAACCUGCUACGAGGGAAGCGAGACGGCACUUUCCUGGUCCGGGAAAGCAGCAAACAGGGCUGCUAUGCCUGCUCUGUGGUGGUGGACGGCGAGGUAAAGCACUGUGUCAUAAACAAAACGGCUACUGGCUACGGCUUCGCGGAGCCCUAUAACCUGUACAGCUCCCUCAAAGAACUGGUGCUACAUUACCAACACACCUCCCUCGUGCAGCACAACGACUCCCUCAACGUCACCCUAGCCUACCCGGUAUAUGCGCAGCAGAGGCGAUGA